CAGAGAUCGAACUUCUGUCCCUCUCCAAUACCUGUCGGAGGCCGGAGAACUUCCAUGAUGCUACCAAGUAAAAUACUGAAGCAGCAGGCCAUGAAGUGCCGGUCUAUUCUGCCAACUCUUUUCUUGUCACCUCAACUCGAAGCCCUAAUUAUUCGAGCCCGUCAGGGUCCCUUCCUAACCUGUGUCACGCUCUAUCUGCUCAUCACCUUCCUCUCAUGGCUGGCAUCUUUCCUUCAUUUCCGCACAUCGCUGCAUGACAAUCUCAUCACUCACGAGCAUCUUGCUCCAGAAACCACCCCAGUAGCCCACAUCGAGCAGCCAAUCCAAUGGGCUCCCCCCUCCAUUAGCGAUGGAACAGAGAACACCAACAACAACAGCGCUGUCGCCACCGCACCCAUCCCGCAAAUAAUCCAUCGCAUGUGGCGGCACCUCACCUCAGACAUUCCCUCGGAAUGGAGCAACGCAACGACCUCCUGUCAGGCCCAGAACCCCGUGUACCAGCAAUACAUCUGGACCGACAAGACCGCGCACCAGUUCAUUGCCCGGCAUUUCCCGUGGUACCUCGCCACCUACACGGACCACCUCCUGCCGAUGCAGCGCGUCGACGCGCUCCGCUAUUUACUCCUCUGGCACUACGGGGGAGUCUUCUUGGAUCCGGAGUUGGGCUGUGGUCGCUCGCUGGGGCCUCUGCUAUCAGCUGGAAACGUGCAGCAGGGCCAUGUGCUGUUGCCACAGCGCUGGCCCUACGGCGUCGGCACGGAAAUGAUGGCUAGUCCCCCGGGGCAUCCGUUCAUCAUCAAACUGGCUCUGACGGCCCAUGCUCACCGCUGGUCAGGCAUCCCGGCCUAUGUCAUGGCUUUCGCGGAAUCGGGCUCCGUGGUGGUCAGUCGUGCCCUGGCGGUGUGGCUACGGUCGGUUGCUGGUGGUGGUGGUAGCGCGCAGACUACGAUCGCCAUCGUUCCUUCGGCCCUGUUUGACGACGCGGAAUCAGGGGAAGCAUUCUUUGUACGGUGCGCAGGGCAGACGCCGCGCGGGGAUGAAGUCGCCGUUGCAGAGCAUGUAUUCGGGAACUGGCUCGGGUGGUGCGGAGCAGGCUUGUCGCUGGCGGGCAUGGCUCUAGUGAUCUUUGGUCUUACCUCCCAGCCAAAAAGAAGCGUGACUCAACUUCUUGUAUAAAUCUAGUCUGUACGUACAUACUCCUACUUUGG